CAGUUUUAGCCAUUUAACCCAUUAUAAUUCUGUUUCUAAGAAAAGGGAUUUACAUUUUUAAGAGGGCUAUUUACUAUUGAGCAAAAGAAUUAAAACAAAAAACGUUUUUUUUUUUAUAACAGUGGUUAAUAUUCAGGUUAGAUAUAAUAUAAUAUGAUUUUGCUGACCUCCAUGGUCCCCCAGUUCAGCUGGGCUCCAAAGCUCUCCCAUGAAAUUGGACUCAGCUUUACAAAAAGUACAGUUAAUCAGUUAAUUCAGGGUUUAUAAAGAGGAGGUUUCCAUAUGGCCAGGUAGGUUUGGUAGGCGUUUCCCCUAAAUAAAUGAAGUCAUCAUUUUAAAGUGCAUUUUGAAUUUACUUGGGCCUUCUUCAUCUAAUAUUGACAAAGUUUCUCUUGUUAAAGUUCAUCGCCUCUUGGGUUCGCUCCACUGUCAUUAAAUCUUUCCUGUUUCUCCAGGGACUCUUGACUCCCUGCGCCCUCUGGUGGAGAAUGGAGAAAGUGACGAAUCCGACUCUGUAGCCCUCUCGUUCUCCUCAUGCUCAUCACCCCAACCAUCACAAUCACGCUCAUCUUCAUCCUUCUCACGCCCAUCGCUUUCUCGCCAAAUGGCCGAGCGUCUGCCUUCAUUUCAAGGGAAAGACCUAACAGAUGCUCGCUGUGCUCUCGCCAAAGUCUUGACGUCGUCUAUCAGCAAAGGGGCGCUUGUGAAACGUUUGAGGAGUUCUGCCACUUUACCAAAAUUACACAGUAGCUCCUCCUUUAUUUCAAUGCCAUACAGGCGAUCAGAGAAUGGCGUCAUCGAUGUAGAGCUUGAUCCCGUUCAUACACCCAGCCUUCCUACUGAGCAGGAGUGGGAGGAUCCCGUACAGAGAAGGGUUCUGACUACUUUUAAAGUGGUUCCAUCUAAGACAUAUCAUUCAACAGAUGGAGAAAUCACUCUGGAAGUACCAGAGCAGAUACGAGUAGAAGAAACGCCAAAGGAUGAAGCUUCCACCGAGGUUGAUAAGGCUCAAACUGAGACAGAGGAAGAUCCAUGUUCACUGCAUGAAUCGAGAACUGAAUCGCCUCUGUUGGGCUCGGAUAAUUCUCCACAAGAGGCAUUGAGUUCUCCUCCGGAUCUGCCUGGUUUAGACAAAAAUCAGGAUUGUCAAAGCUCAUCUUCAUCUGAUGUUGGAGACACAGUUGAGAGAGAUGAAGACGAUGAACUUGAAGUGCAAGCCGAAGAAGAAGAACUUUCAAAUGACUCUGAGAUCAACCUCAAAAAUGAGGAUGAACAUGUUCAAAGCCCCAGUUUAGAGCCUGUAGAGAUGGAUGGAGAUGAUUGGAGUUUGUAUGUUAAAGAUGAAGAUGUUAAGGAGGAAGAUGAGGACUGUUUCCCUCCCCCUCCUCCUCCUGUUUUCUUUGAUGAAGACGAAGUAAUAGAGGAGAAAGAAGAUGCUCCUAACUCCUCUGUACAAUCAAGUCCAGCCUCCAACGGGCAAAUACAAACACCCACCGGGGAGUUUCUAAAUGUGCCCUCUACAUCCUGGCCUUACAAGUCUUCAGCUGCACAGGACAGUAUCGCUGUAGCCCCGUCCAGGUUUGCACAGGCGGUGGCGUCGGCGGUGCAGAGGUCCCGCAGGAAAAGUUCAAGCUCUCAGGCUCCCAGCGGUCCACACAGCACACUUCCAACAUCACCCAGGUCUAUAUACCAGUAUGGUGCCUGAGCGGCUUCCUCACACGGCUCUGAACAGAAGUUUGUGUUUGUCAGAGUCCAUCAAGGACACCAGGCUGUCUAUCAGUGACCUCCACACUGAUUUAAAAAAGGGAAAGCAGGUUAAUUCCUAAAAGGAGCUGCUUCAGAUUUAACAUGAAGGAACUAAUUUUAUUUUUUCUAUCUUCUUACGAUGUGUUCUGUCUCUUUUCUGUUUGAUUUUCUGCUCACGAGUUGAACAUAAACAUUUUCUGUUUGUCAAAGACGCCAAAUGCACAGGACAUGAAUUGUUGAACUGACAACGUCCUGUUUUCUCUUUACUUCCUUUUGACUUUUCAUUUAAGACGUGCCAAGGCGGACAUCAUGCUGACGUGAGAGCCGCUUUUUGUGUUAUUUGUGUGAACUGAAAGAACUGGAAAAAUAAGUCUUAUUCUAUAUUUGUGCCAGGAUUUAUUUCCCCUCUGGGAGUAUUUUUUUUUUAAGCUUUAAGACGUGCAGAUUGAAGUAAAUCUCACAAACUAAGUUUUGCUUUUGUUUGCUUUUCAGCCACCAGGUGGCAGUAGAGUAUUGUUUCUAAAUGAAGACCCUUGUAAAACCAUUUAUGAGCUCUUUUUCUUCAUGUAAAGUAGUUUGAUUGAUCACAAAUGUCACAUUUUGUACUACUUUAAAAGAAAAUACCUGUAAAUUAUAUUUUCUAAUUAUUCUACAGCCAUAAAUGAAGUAAAGUGAAAAAUCAGUUUAAUUUAUUUGUUUUAAAUAAAUUCAGGAAGGCCACCCUAAGUCUGAAAAUCCAAGUCCUAGAAACUACAUGGUGAUAUUUAAUGUAGACGUGAGAAUUCCCUGAAUUUGUAGCAGCAGAAUAAAUAAAAAACAUCCUCAUCGGAAGCAUCAGUUUUAUGCCAAGCAUCUCAACACCUUCCUGAAUAAACUCAGUCCACUUUGCUCACAUGCACACACUGUUAUGUCUUUAACGGACCCAUACCUCAGGGCAAUACUGCAUAGCUAUACUUGGGUGCCAAAAGAAUCCGCACUACUAUACGUAUUGAUCCAGCCCUGGCCUUGGAGGAACAGCAAGGAGCUAGAGACCUAGCCAGAACCGCCUGUGGCUAAAGCUCCACGUUUGCCAGGCCUGGACUGAGUGGGCUCGCUUUAAGACUUUCUUUCUCUCUCUCUUUCUCUCACUCUACCUGAGGAGAGAUAGGAGAGAGAGAGAGAGAGAGAGAGGGGAGGACGGGUUGCUGGUGGAUGAUGGGAGGUGACCGUUGACCCUGUCGUGUUUCCGCGGCGCUCCCCCCAGAGGGGGCGCCCGGCCCUCAAGGGCACAGCCGUGUCACACUGCCGUUGUCAUGGAGAAUGCCAUUACCGCCCCUAAGGGAGAGCCACGUCUAACGUUAAAAAAAAAAAAAACGUCUGUGGAAAAGGAAACAUGCAGGAGAGGAGCUCUUUUCCUGCCCAAAGCAAUGAUAUCCAAUGUUAGUGACAACUCUGGCAUUAUCCUUUUUUAGCGAUGAAAGGUUGAAUUUCAACCUGAGCGGCCAUGUUCGUCAUUAUACAGACAAAAGAACCGCCGGUCCGUAAUACGCCAUAGCAUGAAAUGCUAGUCUGUCAUGUACAUUUAGAAUCCAGAUGCUUUCAGCACACAUGAACCUUUGAACAAAAAUCUCCACGCAGAGGUUCAGUUGUCUCAGGAGAUGAGGCGAACAAACACUUCAGUCACAUGAGCACAUCACGGUUUAAACAAACUAAUGAGGAGGCCUCGGUUUGAAUGUAGGAUCAGCUGAACAAACGCGCACCGUUUAGCCACGGCUAUUUUUAUGCCAUGUAAAUAUGUCAGACAAAGAGGUCUGUAUUUGUUUUCUAUAUUUUUCUCCAUCCAUAGGAACAUGAUAUCCAUGCAACAUGAUGAGUACAGUAUUCUGUAGCACGCCUAACCCCUGAGAGAAUGUAAAUAAGAAGAAAAAGAGCUCAUGCAUUAAGGCUGUCAGUGGUAAUGCAUUAACUGUGAUGCAUUUAACAUUUUUGUAUUUUAACCUCAUGUGUUAUUGCAGAGU